GCAAUAACAACACUAUAUAUUAAGGUGGUAACUCCUACACUAGUACUCGUCUCAAACCCAGACUAUUGAGCCUCAAGAUUUCUUGGAGCUUGAGAACAACAACCUCAGAAGAGUUUCUCAACCGAUGUUUUUGUCAAACAAACCAUACAUGAAAGAAGACUACUUUCCCUUUGAAACAGUACCUGCUAGCCCAUCAUCAAAAGGCUUUCUUCAAGAUUUUGACCAUCUUGAUGAUGAUCAUGACAGUCAGUUUCAUGCUAAUGGCUCAGCAUCAAAUCCAUUUUUUGGUGUCCAAACUGGGUCUAACUUCGAUUCUUUUGAUGCUUUUCCUUAUGGGUUAUCAUCAGAUAUUGAUUUCUAUGAUUAUGAGUGCAAGCCAUUCGUAGGUAAUAUCAAUGGAGGUGGUGGGCAUGGACAUGGUCAAGUCAACGAAGAUUUACAGAGUGGUGCCUACUUAAACAUGUCUUGUGAUCAAAGGAAUCCCAUUGACGAUAUCGGAUCCAACCAGGGCCAUGUGUCCUUGAAUUUCGAAGAAAUAACGCCUGUGAGUUUUGUUGUACCAGAUGAAGUCUCAUGCGUGAGUGCUGCUACGAAUGAGUGCAAAAGGAAAAUGGGUUUGAACAAGACUAGGGCACUUCUACCUCCGGCAAGAAAGGCAUGGAAAGGUCCUAAGAAGAACAGUAUAGUAAAAGGGCAAUGGACUACUGAGGAAGAUAGGAUUCUGAUCCAGCUGGUUGAACAGAAUGGAGUGAGAAAAUGGUGUCAUGUUGCUCAAAUGUUGCCUGGAAGGAUAGGAAAGCAGUGUAGAGAGAGAUGGCACAACCAUCUAAGGCCUAAUAUCAAGAAGGAUACGUGGAGUGUAGAAGAGGAUAAGGUAUUGAUACAGGCACAUUCAGAAUUAGGCAACAGAUGGGCAGAAAUUGCCAAGAUGUUGCCGGGAAGGACAGAAAACUCAAUUAAGAACCAUUGGAAUGCAACCAAAAGGAAGCAAUACUCGAAGCGAAAAUGUCGACCAAAGUAUCCAAGAGCCUCCCUUCUGCAAGAUUAUAUCAAGAGCUUGAACUUAGAUUCGGGCAUUACUGGGAGAGGCCUUGGGAUAACUACUGCUAGUACUGAUAUCAUUCUAGAUAAUGAUACCAGAAUGAAAGCACCAGAGCUGCUGCCACGGGACUUGGUCCUUUUCAAAGAUAAUGAUGAUGGAUUAGUUCCAAACUAUAGUUUUAACGAGGUCCCGGAUUAUGAUAUUCAUGAGAAAAUAUUUCGAGGGGGCUGCAGUGUUGAUUCUAUUCUUGAUGGGCUACCUUGUGAUGAUUCUGUUGCUCAUGAGAAGAGAUUGGAGAUGGAUGUGCCAGAACCGGAUGUGACUCCAUUCAUGGGUUUUGAAGUGAAGAAGGAGGUGGAUUUACUAGAAAUGAUCUCUCAAAGCAAAAUGUAAGUCCUUAAGAGCCAUGGCCAUACAUUAUUUUGGAUAGAGAUAGUACGGAAAGUUAAUUUAGGAUUAAGAUUUUCUUAUAAGCAAAUUUAAAGAACUAAUGAAAGAACAGAAAAGGAGGAACUUCUUGGUUGCUAAUUGUGUUAUUCAGAGCUUGAGGAACAAGA